GGGCGCAGUAGCCGGGCCGCGGGCUGCAGGACUUAGUGGGCCGGGGGCUGGGGUGGGACCCGGCGGGCGCCAUGGAGCUGCUCUCGGCGCUGAGCCUAGGCGACCUGGCGCUCAGCUUCUCGCGGGUACCGCUCUUCCCCGUCUUCGACCUCAGCUACUUCAUCGUCUCCAUUCUCUACCUCAAGUAUGAGCCAGGAGCAGUCGAGCUGUCCCGGCGCCAUCCCAUGGCAUCCUGGCUGUGCGCCAUGCUGCACUGCUUUGGGAGUUACAUCUUGGCUGAUCUGCUCCUCGGCGAGCCCCUGAUUGACUACUUCAGCAACAAUUCCAGUGUCCUGCUGGCCACAGCUGUCUGGUACUUGAUUUUCUUCUGCCCCCUGGACCUCUUUUACAAGUGUGUCUGCUUCCUGCCUGUGAAACUUAUAUUUGUGGCCAUGAAGGAGGUAGUGAGAGUCCGAAAGAUCGCUGUGGGCAUCCAUCAUGCCCAUCACCACUACCACCAUGGGUGGUUCAUCAUGAUUGCCACCGGCUGGGUCAAAGGCUCUGGCGUCGCCCUCAUGUCCAACGUUGAGCAGCUGCUCCGAGGGGUCUGGAAGCCAGAGACCAAUGAGAUCCUGCACAUGUCCUUCCCCACGAAGGCCAGCCUGUACGGAGCCAUACUCUUCACCCUCCAGCAGACACGCUGGCUCCCAGUAUCCAAAGCCAGCCUCAUCUUCAUCUUCACUAUGUUCAUGGUCUCCUUUAAGGUGUUCCUGACGGCCACUCACUCCCACAGCUCCCCUUUUGAUGUUCUGGAGGGCUACAUCUGCCCUGUGCUGUUUGGGACCGCCCCCGGGGGCAACCAUCACCACGACAACCAUGGUGGGUCCCAUGGCGGGUCCUAUGGCGGUGGUGGGCCCGGCUCCCCACACUCAGCCCUGCCAGCUAAGUCCAAGGAGGAGCUGAGUGAGGGCUCCAGGAAGAAGAAGACCAAGAAGGCAGAUUAGUGGAUGGCCCAGAGGCCUUGAGGGGUACCAGGGAGAGGACCCGGACCCAGGACCCUCAGAGCCGGUGCGGGGGCAUCCCGGGCUCAGCUCUUCCCUCUCCGGGCCUCAACUUCCCAGUCUGCAAACUGGGGCCAUGUCGGGGGGGGUUAAAUGAGAUAUGGGGGUGAGGGGCAUUUGUAGGAAUGGAGGGGUCCCUCUCUCUUUCUGCCAGGCCACCAUAGCAACACCGCUUUAUUUGGGCGGUGGCCCCAGCCAGAAACCCUAGCAGUUAUAUUUUUGGUUCCACUAUUUCCUCUCUAAAAUUACAUCUUGACUCUGAAAAGAA